UUUUUUUUUUUUUUGAAUUUCCUUGUCCAAUUUGAAACACUGUUCUGUUCUGUCAGCAUGCAACACUUAAGGGGUUAAAUCUCACCUUGUCUCUAUUUCCCUGCUCUGAAAGCAUGUUAACCUGUUCCUGUACUGUCCUGAUGUUUUGCUGUUCUGUAACUGACUGUGUGAAGAAAAAAGGGGUUAAACUGGGUCUCCUUUACUGCAGUGGUCCCGGUAACUGUCAGCAGAGAGUACAGAGAACUAGAAUGUAGGACUGGGGAAUUGAGAAAUGACUUUGUUCAGGAUGACAGGAACCAGGGAAUAAGCGGGGAACAUGGAGGCAGGUUUCAGUAUGUGCUGCAUGUUAUGUGUCUGAAAGGCAAUUUAAGGGCAGCGUCUCAAAGUCUCUCAGCUCAUCCAUCAAUGCCAGGGGCUUCUGCUAGUCUAGGAUCUUUGAGACGCUUUUAGCUUGGACUUUAUCCAUGUGUACAUAGUAUUUAUUAUCUAUUGUGUCAUUUUAUGAUAUUGGUCCUAUUUAUUAACAUGGUCCAAAAUGAAUAUAAACUGUAAAUAAUAACACAAUGUUGUUUUUACCAGAUUCAUUGAUGACUUCCAGGUUAAGUGUGAGAGGGAACAGUAGGAGAGUAGUGCUGGUCACUGGAUCACUGCAGGCAAGGAGAACCCUGUCAGGCACACCAAGCACUGUCUUAUGGCUCUGUGGCGUUGGGCUGUUGCACACGGCUGAUAUUUCGGGUCAUGAUUUGUAUUCGAUACCAACACAUUCACUACACCUACUCUAUAGUAAUAUAUUGUGUGCCAGGCUUAAACUCAUGGCUCUAUAGGCCAGGCUUGUGUGUGUGCUAGUCUCGACCGCGGGCUUGGUUCCAUUGCAUGUCCAAGAAGCUAACCCAGGGCUCUGGCAUGAUGUUGAUGCUUUCUUGCCCUGGCUGUUUCACGAUGUAUGUACCCUCACCUCACUCUCUCGCUCCUACCUACUGUAACAUUUCACCAGGCAGAUAUCACUCACAUCAGACAAGCCAGUAGCAUUUUCAGCAGUAAGGUCAAAUUUGGUCCAUCUGAGACAACAAUGUGCAUUACGUUACGAUGAUUACUGCUCACCCAUUAAACUUCGACUUAAGUUCAAUUUUACAACGAGUGGACACAAAAUGCUUCUUCUGCAGAUUGUGCUGCUCCUACGAUUGACACAAUUGAUUUGUAUAAUAUAGCUUGAGUGUACAAUCGGUAUGCUCCCUCUAAAGCAACUGACUGUCUUAAUAAAGUUUUAGUAAAGUGGUAUUAUAUCCGUAGUAAUACUGCAAUAGAGAGAUUAUUCUGGGAAGCGCUUUGUGCACUGUGACACCUACAGGUACUAUUAGACAAGUCCCAGAAUAUGCUUGUUGUAAAUUCCAAUUUGACUUGUUUCUCUUUCCCUCUUUCUCUCACUCACUCGCUCUCUUACUCACUUCCGUCACACACUGUUUGCUACGGUCCCGUGUUGAUGUUGCUUUGACACUCACUGGGCUCUGAUACUGAUUUUACCGGCUCUUCUCUUUCCCGGGAGACUUUCUACACUUUUUAACCUUGUAUACGGUUGUGCACUAGUGUCAAUAAAGUUGACCUUUAUGAAGUGGGACUCUGGAAUCUUCUUUUAUAAAGACCACCCCCCCCACCCCACCCCCUGACAUUGUCUCGUGAGCGUUUUUAGACGCUAGUCCCAUCCUCAUCCUCCUGUGCUGUCGUAGAUGUAGCAUAGCUCUGUUAAAUGUACGUGUGUGUGUUUAUAGUGUGUUUUUUAUAUACACUCAUUUGUGUGUGUGUGUCUCGUGGCUGUGUUUAUGUAGUCCGUGUUUGGUAUUCCCGUGGUGCUUGUUGUCACAGCUGUCCCCUCCAUUGUAGAAUGUAGUAUCGUGGCGUCUGUAAGGUGUUCACCAGAGAUGUUGCUGGUUUAAUCAUUGUUCUGUCCAUGCCAACGUGGUGCUAUCAGAGGACAGGAGACGGUAGUGGGCAAGUAUGCAAUCAAGUGUCCCUAGUGAACAUCCUAGUGGCAGUGUAGUUGAUUUUAGGUAAGCGAUUCCAGUCAUUCAUAAUACUGUAUUCAACCCAACAGCAGCGUAAUCCUGAUGGUAUCAUGCUGAAAUGGCAGACAUUACAGAGAGAGAAGAGCACUAGAGCUGUCUGGGCAGCAGAGUGAGUCAUGGGUGACUCUUGUCUGGAUGCAAGUAGCUACAGUAACUAGCUACAGGCAAGGCACAUCCCCCAUUUUAGCUCUCAUUAUUAUCCCUGGGACAAUACUAUAAGAUGUAUAUGGCUGUAAUUUAACUUGUUCGUCUAACUCUUUCUCAUUUCUCACCCCCCUCUCCUUCGCUACAGCAGGAGUGGUGUCCAACAGCCCUCAUCUCUCCGCCUCCUCCGGUAACUCCCAGGGCAUGGUCAACGGUCAGAAGCCGGUCGAGCUCUGUGGUCACAGUCCGGACGGUCGGCAGCCCUCCCCCCUUACCAGCCCCCUGCUCAACGAUGCCGGAAGCGUGCGCACCGACGAUGAAGACGAGGUUCGGAGGAAGAGAUUCCCCACUGACAAGGCCUACUUUAUUGCCAAGGAGCUGCUGACCACAGAGAGGACCUAUUUGAAGGACCUGGAGGUCGUGACUGUGUCUUUUCAGAACUUGGUGGGUAAAGAUGAAGCUGCGCCGGACUCCCUGAAGAGCACCAUCUUCUCCAACUUUGACCCUCUGUACAAGUUCCACUCCGGCUUCCUCAGAGAGGUGGAGCAGAGACUGGCUCUGUGGGAAGGGCGCUCCAAUGCCCACAUCAAAGGAGAUUACCAGCGCAUCGGUGAUGUCAUGCUGAAGAAUCUACAGGGCCUAAAGCCGCUGACCGCCCACCUCCAGAAGCACUCGGAGGCCCUGGUUGAGCUGGAGAAGGCGUGCCGGGGCUCCCGGCGGCUGGAGGUGCUGGUCCGGGACUUUGAGCUGCAGAAGGUGUGCUACAUCCCUCUCAACGUGUUCAUCCUCAGGCCCCUGCACCGCCUCUUGCAUUACAAGCAGAUCCUGGAGCGUCUGUGCAAACACUACCCCCCCACACACGUGGAUUUCAGGGACUGCAGAGCCGCGCUGGCGGACGUGUCAGAGGUGGUGGCCCAACUCCACGGCAGCAUGAUCAAGAUGGAGAACUUCCAGAAGCUACUGGAGCUUAAGAAGGAUUUGAUUGGUAUCGACAGUCUAGUCACUCCAGGGCGGGAGUUCAUCCGGUUAGGCUGUCUCAGCAAGCUGUCUGGAAAAGGCCUCCAGCAACGAAUGUUUUUCCUGUUCAAUGAUGUCCUCUUGUAUACGAGUCGAGGYAUGACGGCGACGAACCAGUUCAAAGUGCAUGGGCAGCUCCCUCUCCAUGACAUGACAAUCCGGGAGAGCGAGGACGAGUGGGGUGUGCCUCACGCCUUCACCCUGGUUGGGCAGCGUCAGUCAGUGGUGGUAGCAGCUAGUUCCCUGUCAGAGAUGGAGAAGUGGAUGGAGGACAUUAAGAUGGCCAUUGACUUGGCAGAGACCAGCAACGGCCACACAGCUGACCUGCUGGCCAGAAGUCUGACUGAUAACAAAUCCACAACAGAGGACUCCUGUGCGGAGGCAGAGUCUGAAGACGACCUGAUGGCGUCACGCACCUCCCUGGAGAGGCAGGCCCCUCACCGUGGUAACACCACGGUGCACGUGUGCUGGCACAGGAACACCAGCGUGUCCAUGGUGGACUUUAGCAUAGCUGUGGAGAAUCAGCUGUCAGGAAACCUGCUGAGGAAGUUCAAGAACAGCAAUGGCUGGCAGAAGCUCUGGGUGGUCUUCACCAACUUCAGCCUGUUCUUCUACAAGACCCACCAGGAUGACUAUCCGCUGGCCAGUCUCCCCCUGUUGGGCUACUCUGUCACCAUCCCCACUGAGUCUGAAAACAUCCACAAGGACUAUGUCUUCAAACUGCAUUUCAAAUCCCACGUCUACUACUUCAGAUCUGAGAGCGAAUACACUUUUGAGAGGUGGAUGGAGGUCAUUCGCAGUGCCACAGUCUCUGCCAGCAUCACCCGCAUUCUGAGCCGGAAAGAGKCCCAUCCGUACUGAUCCAAAGAGCAAGGGCUCUCUCCCUGUCUCCAUGCCUCUUCUCCCUACCACAAUCUCCCAUACGGUCUGGCCACAUCUAGCCUCUCGUCACACUACGACUCCCCAAGCAGCAAGCUGAAGCAGAGCCCCUCUGGCGCCACAUUUACUUCACUUCUCUGGACACUCUUGAUUUCCUUUUCUACACAUAUCUGGGACAUAUGUACAUUGAGCAGUGUCCAUGCACAAUCUUGGUGCUUUUUAAUGCUUUAAUGGUGACAUGUCCGCUGGUUUAGACUGCAUCAGAGACUGCAUUUUCAGCAUUUUUACUCAGCUCUGAACCUCUUUUUGUAGGAUGCCAUUUUAUACUGUUUUCUAACGGGCUGAAUCACUUACUGUACUUCUGGUUUCACAUUCUGUCAUUGGAUUGUUGAUACAGAGAUUCUGCAUUUUUAAACUUGUUUUUUUCAUAGAUGGUUAGAAUAUCACUGCAUCCUCAAGAUUUUUGUCUCCUUGUUUAUUUUAUGGGGGGAAAUAAUAAUAAAAAAUAAAAAUAAAAAGUGCCAAACAGUUUUACCAUUUUCCUACACUUUUAAUGCAAUUUUACUACAUUGGUGGUAAGGAGACUUGAAAUGUGUUGUAAAAAAAUUUAAUWAAAAAAAAUCACUUUAAAUUACAUUUUUCUUUUAAUAAGAUGUCUCUGGACAGUGAGAGACCUUGUGAUAAGUAAGAUAUCAGAAUAUUUUGUUGUAUCAUCAACAUAACUCUAGAACUACUUAUAAAGCUAUCAGGGUAGUUACCAUCACCACUAACGCCAUUAUUCAAGUAAAGUGAAUAUUCCUGUUAUGCUUUGUUGUAAGGAUACUUCAGAGGGUGUUCUGAAGAUUAUUAUAUUCCACCCUCAAUUGUGUGAGAAAUGUGAGAUGUUCAUAAUCUGUGUAUUAUGAAGGAAACUGUAAUGGAAAGCUUUAAAGAAUAUGUGUGAAACAAAAUAUAAACUUUCAGUUCCAAGCACCAUUGCCCUUGUUGGACUAGGCUGCCUCCCAUAUGUAAAGAGACCUUUACAAGUCUAAAUUAAAUGGAUAUAUGCAUAUGACAGAGAGGGAAAACUUUGGUUUUCCUUAUUGAGGGAAUGCUGUGUUUUCCCAGACACCAGAGAGCGCUUUGGAAAUGAAAGCAAUAAAAACCUAAUUUGAA